CGAAUCUUGCAACUUUUUGACAGUUCUCCUUUUCGAUCAACAUCCAAAUGUCGGGCUCGUACCCAGGAUCGUCGCCAGGAGCAAGCAGCCCGCGGUCGGCGUCGUCGCCAGGAGGCAGCAGCACCCGCAGCGGCGGAGGCAGCGCGCGCAGGACGGCCGCGCGAAAUGCGAGAUCGCAGUCCUCUCCAAUGAACACGUCGUCUGGCGGCGGCUCACGUCGGUACCGGCGUUCGGCUGCGUCAGGCUCGUCACGAGGCACCCCGCGGUCGUCUGCGCGCUCGCUGGGCGGCGGCGGCGACGACGGAGACGAGGACGACGACUUGCCGCCGUUCACCGACGACCAGAGCGAUCUCCCCAGCGACGGCGCCGAGGAGGCCGAGGAGGACAUGCGUGCUGGCUUUGACGACGCAGAGCCCAACGAUCUCGACGAGGACGACGAGGACGGCGAGGAUUUGCUCGUCAACGCUGAAGACGAUUACCGUCGAGUCGAUGCACUUGAUACAUACGAACAGGCUGGUCUGUCCAGUGGCGAGUACGAGGAAAUGUCGCUCGACGCGCGCCGACAAGCCGAGCGCGAGAAUACUCGUCGUGAGCGUCAGCGUGCCAGGCGCGAUGGUCGACUUCCGGCUGCGUUGAUGGACGAGGAGUCCGACGAAGACGAGGAAGACGAAUUUGGAGCUCCUCGACGACGACGUAUUGCCGAGCGAGCGGCUCGUGGUGAAAUUCUCAGCGAAACUGUCGAGGAAACACCUCCUGUGGCAAACUUGGAAGAUUACAAGGGCUUCAAGCUGCGCGAGUGGGUGUCGAUGCGUGGCCCGCGCGAGGAAAUCAAGCGGCGCUUCCGCUUGUUCUUGACGGCAAGUGUCGACCACCGCGGCAACAACAUUCACGCAGAGCGCAUCCGACACAUGUGCGCCAUGAACGCCGAGUCGCUGGUGAUUAGUUAUAAGGAUUUGGUGCGCGAGCAGCAGAUUCUCGCCGUGUUCGUCGCCGACGCGCCGCUCGAAGUGCUCAAAAUUUUCGAUGAGGUGGCCCGCGACGUGGUGUUGACGUCCUUCCCGAAUUACGAUCGCAUUCACUCCGAAAUCCAUGUUCGAAUUGCCGAGUUGCCGGUGGUCGAUCAAUUGCGCGACAUUCGCCACACCUACAUCAACGCGCUCAUCAAGGUGCGCGGCGUCAUUACGCGUCGCACCUCGGUGCUCCCGCAGCUCAAGUACGUCAAGUACGACUGCAUCAAGUGCGGCUCUGUGCUUGGUCCGUUCUUCCAAGACCAGGACGCGGCUGAAAUUACGAUCGGCUCGUGUCCUUCGUGCCAAUCGCAAGGCCCGUUCCGCAUCAACGUCGAGCAGACAGUCUAUCGCAACUACCAGCGUAUCACACUCCAAGAAAGUCCCGGCAGCGUGCCUGCUGGCCGUCUUCCUCGCCAAAAGGAUGUUGUGCUGCUGUGGGACUUGAUUGACUCGUGCAAGCCGGGCGACGAGGUUGAAAUCACGGGCAUUUACCGCACCAACUUUGAUGCGGCAUUGAACAUUACCAACGGCUUCCCCGUUUUCUCCACCAUGAUUGAGGCCAACUAUGUGACGACGAACGAAGAUUCGUUCUCGCACUUCAACCUCACCGACGAGGACGUCAAGGAGAUUCGCGCGCUGGGCCGAGACCCUCGCAUUGGCGAGCGCAUCAUUCGGUCCAUUGCGCCGUCCAUUUACGGCCACGAAGACGUCAAGACGGCCAUUGCGCUAUCCAUGUUUGGCGGCCAGCCCAAGGACCCCGGCAAUCGCCACCGCGUGCGUGGUGACAUUAACGUGUUGGUGCUCGGCGAUCCUGGCACAGCCAAGUCCCAGGUGCUCAAGUACGUCGAGAAGACUGCCCACCGCGUCGUGUUUACGACUGGUCAAGGUGCGUCGGCUGUCGGUUUGACCGCGUCCGUGCAUCGCGACCCGAUCAUGCGCGAGUGGACCCUGGAAGGCGGCGCAUUGGUGCUUGCCGACAAGGGCAUCUGCCUCAUUGACGAGUUUGACAAGAUGAACGACCAGGAUCGCACCUCCAUUCACGAGGCGAUGGAGCAGCAAUCCAUUUCAAUCUCCAAAGCCGGCAUUGUCACAACACUGCAGGCCCGCUGUGCCGUGAUUGCCGCAGCCAACCCUGUGCGCGGGCGAUACGAUCCCUCCGAGACGUUCUCGGGCAAUGUCGAUUUGACCGAGCCCAUUCUCUCGCGUUUUGACAUUCUCUGCGUUGUGAAGGACACGGUCGACCCGAUUGCCGACGAAAAUCUGGCUCGCUUUGUCAUUGGGUCACACGUCCGGAGCCAUCCCGAAGUCCCAUUCAUCAACGCCCGUGAAGACCCCUCACGCGCCCAACUUCAGAGCGCCCUCGAUGCUGCCAACGCCCUUGCACCAGCCGUGGACGAAGACAAGGACGCCAUCCCGCAAGCCAUGCUGAAAAAGUACAUCAUCUUUGCCAAGCAGAACGUGCGUCCCAAGCUGCGGGACGUCGACGAGGACAAGCUGGCCAAGCUGUAUGCUGAUUUGCGUCGCGAGUCGAUGACAACUGGCAGCAUCCCCAUUACCGUUCGUUUCGUCGAGUCCAUGAUCCGCAUGUCCGAGGCUCACGCACGCAUGCAUCUGCGCGAGUUUGUGAAUGAGGACGAUGUGAACAUGGCCGUCCGAGUUGCCCUGGAGAGCUUUAUCUCGACUCAAAAGUUCUCUGUCAUGAAGACCUUGUCGAAGUCCUUCUCAAAGUACAUUACGUACCGCAAGGACAACAACGAGCUCCUGUUUUACAUUUUGCAGCAGCUGUUGCGCGACACAAUUGCCUACAACCGCCGACGACGGGCAGAGGAGCCUGCUGUGCGCGUGCUGAUCGACCUGGAAGAUUUCGAGAUCAAGGCGCGCAACUUGAAUAUUCACGAUUUGCGUGCAUUCUAUUCGAGCGAUCUGUUUGCUCGGAACAACUUUACGCUGGACCGUACGAAGAGGGUCAUUGUCAAAACCUUCUAACCGUGGUUCUUGUCGAGUUAGCGAUUGUUAGACGUUUUCGCUUUUUUUUUUCCCUUCUGGUGGUUGAUUUUGCUUUUGCCAAUGCGAGUCUAAAUAAAUACUUUGUUUCACA